AUGUCUCGUCAGAAGAAGGGAGGCAAUCUACAGGAAAUAUUAAAAACCACCGUGGAGAGCUUUACAAAGACAAAGCUUAGUACAUCGUUAGAGACGGCAGUCGUGAAACAGCUGAACGAUCUGUUUAGCGAUGAAUGGAAACAAAAGACGUUUGCCGUACGAUCGUCUGCUGUCGGAGAAGAUGGUAGUGAAGCCUCGUUCGCGGGGCAGAUGGAGACAUUUCUUGGGGUCGCGGGCAUAAAGGAGAUUUGCCACGCUAUCAUAAAGUGUUGGGCAUCCUCAUUCACACAGCAAGCUGUUGAGUACAGGAGGAACCACGGUCAGGUUGUAGCAGCAGAUGUUGGCGUCUGCGUGCAGGAGAUGGUGAAGGCAGACGCUGCCGGUGUUCUCUUCACCAGAGAUCCAGUGUCUGGAAACCCUGGCGUCAUGUCCAUCAACGUAUCGUACGGAAUCGGGGAGGCGGUUGUCUCGGGAGUGACGGAACCAGAUACAAUAUUCCUGCAUCGUAGCUUCUACGAUAAGCUUAGCAUCAAAGAGAGAAUCAUAGGAAGCAAGUGCGUCAGAAUAGAUGUUAGUGAGUCAGGAGGAGUGCAGGAAAUAGAGACGGACGCUAAAGGGGAAUGUAGCCUAGCAGACGAAUCGGCGUUGGAAUUAGGCAACAUUGGUAUACAGGUCGAGAAAUCGUUCUCUGACGCGCGAGAUAUAGAGUUUGCCGUGAAAGACGGGCAGAUCUACCUGCUGCAAGCUCGACCAAUCACGUCCCUCAACAUGGAGUCAGAAUACGAGCUGAUGCAUGAGCAGGAUUCACAGCUGUUAAUUGAUGAUGAACUGCAUACACACGCGAAUACCGGGGAGAUGAUGCACAGGCGAUGACACCUC